AAAUGCUCUUCAUUGCCAUGUGUACUUUGGGCGCCAUUGCCUCUCCUCAUGGCAACAAUGGCAACGGAAGAGAUCUUCAAAUCGAGGAAGGUGUCUUUGUGGUACCUCAGGCUAAAGUUGAAGCUUACCAUCCACGAGGGCUGAGGGUGUCGAUUCCGCACCAAGAAGGAAUUGAACUUUUUGCCUUUCAUGGUUCUGUGAAUAAACCCAUGGUUGGCUUGGAAGCUGGUCAACUGUCCAGGGAUAUUACUGCAGAGAGAAAUGGAUACUGGUCAUUCUACGAUCCUCAAGUGAAGUUAAAAGUAGGGGAUGUUUUGAAUUAUUGGUUAUUUGUGCAAAAGGAUAAAUUGGGCUACAGGAAGGAUGACCAGAGCUUCGUAGUUCGGGAAUUACUGGAUGCUCAAAAUCCGGAACCAACAUUAGUCGAAGAAAAACCAAAGCAAAAUGGUGCAACUCCAGCUAACGUUGUCGAAGUACAUUGUGAUCCCAGAGAAAUGACAAUGCUUUAUAUACAAGUGAAUCACACAAAGAGUGAGUUGCAAAUUUUAGAAAAUGAUGUUAAAAGAUUAACUAAAGAGUUGGAAGGCUUACGAGAAAUUCAAACCGAAUUGCUAACAGAACUAAAUAGUACAGAUAGUAAUAUGCUGUUACUUACUGGAGGAUCUCCUUUGGAUAUAGAUCCAUUGAAUGCCGUAGUUUUGGUAAUCAGAGAGAAGCUUCUAUUUUCUCAAGAUACAAUAGUUGUAACAAAUGCUUCAAGGCUAGGUGAUGGGUCCAUAUGGUUUACAGUAAACUCAUUUGAGCAAAAAAUGAAACUUCUUGCCAGAUCGAGAAGCCGUCUGGCAAAUUCUAAGUUGAAGAUUGAAAGUUAUAAUCCAACUGAGGAAAUACAUCAUUUAGAUCUAAGAUUUCCCUCGGAUGAUGCACAUGCAGAACGUUGAUCAUGAGAAAAAAUCUUCGAGAGAUGAUGAUUGAUUAAGAAGUUUAGUUUUUGAAAUAUAGGGUUAUAAUUAAUUUGGAUCGAAAUUAGAUUCAGAGACAUCUGCGCUUUAAUAACAUGGUAUUUGGCAGUUGUCAGUAUAUAUUUUGAUUAUUUUAUUGCAGAAAAUCGUUUCGCAUUCGAAAACUGGUGGUGCUUCUAGUAAUUUUAUGGUUUGUUUUGUACCAGGAUAUCACCAUAAAAUUAUGAUCUUUUUUAUAUAUUUCUUCACAAAUUCAUUUUUUAUUGAAACACUUAUUUUAUUGCUAA